AAGCGUGCUGUCGGAGUUGAAGCUGUGGAUACAAGAAAGGAAGUAUGACAGGUUUCGGCGCCAGCGGGUACAAUUGCUUGGUGAACGCUAGGAUAUGUGACGCGAAACCAAAAUGGUGGGCUUUCCUCUCCGCAGCGUUUAUUGACACUGCACUUGGGAAUGAUGCCAGGGAACCGACGUCAUUUAUGUAACUGGGAUCUUGGGAAUUGAUACAUAGAAGCCUUGUGACCGCAGAGUCUGCCGAUACAGCAAUCAGCAAGUAGAGUAUCGCCUUAUUACUCAUCGACCGGUCGAGGUUUCAGCCGACUAAACAUAGUUCGGCUUAUACUUUGGAUCCAGGCUUUAUAUACCCUGAGGAGCUAGGUGACCCUCUUCAGAGAUGGACGCCGCAGCAGACAACGAUUUUCUCAGAAUAGUGAAGGACGCUCAAACAAUCCAGUUCCUGCAAGUUGCGCUGACCAUUUUGUUGAUGUACAACUAUGUGCUUUCCUUGGAUGAUGAGAUCGAAUAUAUAUGGAAAAAAAGGAUCUCGAGCGUCUCAGUCAUCUACCUAAUGCUUCGAUAUUUUGGCAUCACAUAUAUGCUGUAUUCCUCAGUGGCUCUUGUCACGAACACAAUUUCCAUAGACAAGGCACCUACCCGCAGUUACCCUGCCCUCAGCCUGUGGUUCAACUGUUUGGUUUCAGCGGCCAACCAAAUCGUUUUGCAACUGCGGCUGUAUGCUCUCUACAGUGGCUCGAGGAGGGUUUUAUUUCUGAUGGUCCCAGGCUUCGUUGUGGAAACGAUCGUCAUGAUCGUGUGCAUCACACUCGUCACUAUGUCCAUAGAUAAUGCUCAACUGGACCUCAGCGUCACAGUCAGCGCGUCCUCCAACAUAGCCCUCAAAAUCUACAUCCACCAGGUUGCCAUGAUGGGGUAUGAAUGUCUAUUAUUUUCGGCCGCUUUGUCCGCUGCCCUCCGGAGAUAUCGAGAGGGGCUCGACCCUCUCUCAUCCAAUUGGAAUCAACUAACACGCCUAACGGACAUUCUCAUUGAAGGGAAUGUGAUUUCUUUUCUCAUUUCCUCGGUUUAUUCUGUGAUUAAUGUAGUACUGUUGCUCACCCUCAAAGUAGAGUGGGUUUUUGGAACACUCAACAUCGGCUUUUCCUUGGGAGUUACUAUUGGCUGUCACCUUAUCUUGCAAAUCCGAAGAGCAGCAUCUCCCACUUCGCUUGACUAUGAUAUUGGCGAAGACAAAUCAGCUUCCUUGUGGCCCUCCAUAAUCUUUCCGUACUCAUCUCGUAGGUUUGCACGUCGUCGCUGAUUCCCAUUGAACCGGGCAGAAUUUCCUUCAGUAAUAUGUGUUAUCUCUCUUGUAGAGUAAUCUUGCUCGUUAGAAAUGAGAUCGGUUGUGAACGUAUACGAUACAUAGUAGGUUUUCUCGAUUAUCAAUUCUGUAAAACCAGCGUAGACU